AUGGUGCGCCGAACCUUUUAUCAAAAUCGAAUCUGGCGUCAAAGGAGCAGCAGUUUAAUUGUGAAGAGUCUUAACCGCUUUGAAAAUGACCUCCCAGUUGUUUUUGGAUCAUCCUCAUCAUCUUCACCAGAGUCUCAUGCGGGGACAUACAAAACAACAACUCGUUCCGCGUAUUCCGUGCUUCGAAGUCGUAACACCCCACCAGAUGUAUGUGCACAGAAUCUUAUUUCUUCUUCUGAUGCCUCAGUUCCAAUAAGCAUGAUGCGAUGCUGCUGCACCGCCUUGAUAUAUCGUUCCUCCGAACAGUUAAUGCCAUUCUCAGCAGAGAAGGAUCGUGAACGGGAUGACUUUGUUUUCUCGCUUAAACUUGCCUCUGUGGAGCAGCCACUGCGGGACUUGGUGGGUGAGGAACGGUACGUGGCGCUCGUUGGGUCUGCACUCUCGCAGGCACAGCAGGUUGGACUCUGUCAAGAGCUUCCACAACUGGAUGAGGGUUCGUGGGUGGCGCGACUGUUGUUAACACCUGAAGAAGAUAACCGCGUGAAGUGGUUGCGUGAAGAUGGAGUGCUUUCGUCUACGACUUUUGCUCGUGUGCCUUCUUUCAAGGCAAUGUAUGUGGCCUACCACGUUAGUGGUGAAUUACCCCUUGAUGUACGGCAAUUUGAGAAUAUUGAAGAACGUAUGAGGGAAAAUAAAGUAGAAUGGGAUAUGUGCGACGCCGCUGUGGCGUGUACAUUUGCUAUGAAAAGUGAAAACUUCCGACCGUAUUUUUGUCAUAUUGUACAAAAUAAAUUAUUACGUGAUGGAAAUGAAGAAUCUGCAAAUACAGAGAUUUCCAAAGAACCUGAAGUGGGAUUCCGGCAUGUACUUGGAGCUAUACUUCUCCUGCAAUGUUUUAGAGAGUUACAUUCUGAAGCACAGGAAGCAGGUGGACAUUUAAUAAACCCUCCAACUUAUUUAUUUGCAGUAGCUACUCAACUUUUUUCUUUAGUAGCAUCAUUACCGCCAACUGAUCUCUCUUAUAUUCUAGAGAUUCUAUCUAAAAGUUGUCGUACAAGUGCUCUUUCAUUGGCCAAUAUAUGUAUAGUUCCUUCAGAGAGUCCAUUGUUACCGACAUUUACAUUGUGGUUAUUGAAGGAGGCACCUUAUACUGUUACUUGUCAUCAUCAUUUUCGCCGUAUGAUAUUACGGAGUCAGACAGAAGCAUUAUCGUUAUUGGAGAAAAGUAGUCUUCUUUCAAACAAAUCUAUUGACCUUCAGGUAGUGGAUACUGUGCUCUUGCCUCUCCUUGAUGGAUGUGGACAUGAGGAAUUCUUUUACCGUGUUAUUCGUGAGGUGCUUACUGGAAUGGAGGAGCGACUGCGUCGUGAUCCACAAUCUUUCACACAGAACGACAUUCGCUACAUUGCAUUACUCGGCGCACGUUUGUUUGAUAUGCAACCACAAGACCGUCUACACACACAUAAUCAUCAUCAUGCCAGUGGAAGUGCUUUUGAUGCGACAGCACGUGAGCAAAUGGAGGAAUUGCGGGUGAUGGAUGGAAGUCCAUGGGCGUUAGUGGCACUCUCGUAUAAUUAUCUAAAGGAGAUUGUCAUGACGAUUGUUAGAGACCACAGACAAUUAAGGAAACAAGUGGAGGCACAGAUGCGAAAUAUUGUAGAGGCCGUCACUGCAGAUACACCAAGUAGUAAUACUGGUAAUCUGCAAUCAACAACAACAACAACAGGAACUGUAGGAGUGAAGUCUUCAUGCGGAGAUGAAAAGGGAGGUUCCACACAUUAUUCACAGAAUUUUAGUCCUGAUGCGGAGACUCACAUGAAUUCUCCAUCUGCUGUCGCUUCGACCAGAGAGAGCAAUUCUAAUACCUGCAACAACGACAAUAGUAAUAAAAACAGUGAUAAUAGUAGUAAAAAUAAAAUUAACAGCAUGGGGAAUAGUUGUGAAAUGGAUUCAACACCGCUGCGCUCACCAGCACCUCCUUCAUUACGUCAACGUUUUGUUGCAUUUGUGGAGGAGUUGGUAAAGGCUCUUGUGGAUGAAACUGGAGCUAAUCGACAGAAUUGUUUCGUUGUCAGUAAUGAACUCUUUGCAUUUGUGAAUCAACAUGUACCUGUACCUAAUAUUCAUGAUGAAUACCGUCGAAAGAUAUUUCUUCUGGUAAACGUUGCUCCUGAUAAGAGUUCUGUAAAGAGUAAUAACAACGGAAAUACUACCAAUAGUAUGAGUCACAUCGAUAGUAACAAUACAAAAGAGACAGAAGAUGAAAUCCCAGCGGAGCUUCGUCUUUUAGUUACAUCUCUACCAUUGACUCUUUCACCAUGGGCAAGUGUUAUGAUUCUACGUGAGGUGUUAAGUGAGUCAGCAGGUAAUAAUCCUAGAUAUACUUAUGUUCUUAAUGCAGCAAUUGAUUUACAACUUCCUAUUUCUACUACACGAUCAAGAAUAGCGACAACGCUUAAUAUGUGGCGAUUUCUAAGUUCACAAGCUGAGAAACUUACAGUUAGUGAAAGACUAAAUAUGAAGCAACGUUGUGUUCUUAAUUUACCUCUUUCAUAUAUUAUGUCUUCAUAUUGGUCUCUCUUAACAUGGAUGGCACUACUGACAAUUGUUGGAUUGAAUGUUGUUGGUUUAGAUUUUGAAUCUCAGUACGUUGCCACCCGUCUUUUUCAGGAGUUUGCCCCAUCUGAUGAUGUUUUACCACCUGUAAAGGAUGAAUGGAAUAUAGAGGGGGCGAAGGAAGUGGUAUCUAUCUAUCUAGAAGACCCUGAUUUAAGUAUUAUAGAUGGUGAACCACAUCAUCAUAAUAUGAAAAAGAAACAUUCUCGAACUUCUUCAGAAGUAUUACUUUCAUCUGCUUCAUAUAUAUUUCUUGGAACUGAUGAUCAACGUCGUCCUAUGACUCUCAUUCAAAUAAGUAGUGAGGCGAGUCUAACACCUGUGGAACGGGUAGCGGAAGAGUCUCUCUGUGCUUCAGCCGUACUUCGGGAGUUAUCACGAGAAUUGCCAUUUCCAUUUUAUCUCCCAAUUGAGCAGCCACUUUCUGUAGAACUUAUCGUUUCCCGAGUUGCGGAACGAAUUAGACGUAUUUCGUUUAAUAAUGCCUGGUUUGUUAGCCGUAUGAUUUUUAGAACAUUCCCAUUGGGUAGAUAUCACACAGAAUAUGGAUUAGUUUCUCACACGUGUACACAGGCUAAUUUAAUACGUCGCCGCAUGACCUUUCUGCUUUACGUCCACCAAAGUGUACCAUUAACUCCACAGUUACUCUCCCGUCUUCAUGAGAGUGUACUUGCACAGCAUGGGAAUCUUGUGAUUGUGGCACAUGAGGACAGUCUGGUGAGAGGAGGAACAACAGCGGAGGCGGUGCAGUCUCUCACCAAAGAUGGUGUUUUUCGAAAUAUUCCAUACAACAAGAGAUGGGCAAAAACGGGAGAAAUAAGAUCACAAGAUGAUAGCACAUUAGGACCACGAUGGCCCAAGACAAUAGAGAGACUUUAUGGUGAAGCGUUAGGGUUGUGGGGUGGAUGCACUAGAGAAAUUGUAGCGGGAACUCAUGCGCUUACUCGAAAACUAAAGCGAUGCUGUCCUUUUUAA